ACUGGCGCGAGACUAACUAUCUAUAAAGCAGGUCAUUGCAGCUGCAAUUGUACUCAGUUGAAUCGAGUUGACUGUCGCUAACGGAAAUGUCACCGGCCAAGUUCCUAUCAGUCUGUCUAAUCAGCUCCGCCUUGCUGUUAACAGCUCAAGGCAGCCCGUGGUUUAAGUUCAGCAGCGAGGACGAUCGCCAGAACGAGAUAAGCGAAGAGGACUUUGGCCGCAAAGUGAUUAUACCCGAUGUGGAGCGCAUAUUUAGCAGCGCCGAGAUCGAGCAGCUGGCCAGAAGCACAAAGGCCACUAAUAAGAUUAAGCGACAAGACAUGGAGACGACGAAGAGCUCGAAGCAUGCCCACGGCAUGAUCACAUCGAUGCUAAGCUUUGUCAGCAAUGUCCUUAACUUCGGUCGCACCUUCCUGAGCAAUGAAUAAUGGCGAAUAGAACUUAACUAGUAUAAUAAUUAUAGAAAUUAGUGAGCCCAAGCCAUGCCAUCGAUAUAAAAUUAGUGCUAAAUAUA